AUGGCUACCUUCACGUACAAUAUCACCUCCCCUGGACCUGCCGACGGUUCUCCCUCGCCUCAGCUGCACACAGUGCGCCUCCUGGAAGCGUACACUCCUGAUCCUUGGUCAGACGAAGAGCCCCAGCACCUCCUUCCAAUGCCCAUACCCAUGCCCGUGCCCCUCUUCUCUGCGUCCGGCGACCUCUCUAAGGAUGCAGCAAGUGAGGUAUUUGCUGAUUUUUCUGCCCUGCCAUCCACCGUCUCUGGUCUCGAUGAGAUUAACUGGAACGAAUGGAUCCUGUUCGACUCGUCCCCCGUCGAUGCUACCCCACCAUCACUCCAACUGUCGGAUAUUUCCGACGACCCCAUCGAGGAGGCUCACCCAAGCCAAAGUGACGUUGCCGAUGACCCACCCAAUCGACGAGAGCCAACCCCUCCCCUGGCCUCAGACAAUCGCGAAGGCAACACAUUGAAGGAGCCGUUGAAUUACUCCGAUAGUUCCAUCGAGGCUGACCCACGCCCGGGCGAGGAGCUCUAUGUCCAAGUCCACCGAUCAGAGCAGAUUAUCCCCCUGGUGUCCGGCCGUUGGGAAGGCGAUGCGUUGGGGGAGACGCUGGAUAAUCUGGAAUACAUUAUUUUGCCCCUUUCUCAGGUGAAGAUUCUGAAGCUGGUGUAUAAGCGAGACGGGGAUGAGAUGUACCAGAUAGUAGGAUGGAUAGAUUUACAAGAAACACGCGGAUAUGGCACACAAGGAAAGUGGUGGAAGUGCUUGGUUUCUGCUGGGCGAGUUCCGGGGGGUUACGAGGUGAGCAUGGAGGGUUGGAACUGUUGGCAGCUUACUGGAAUAACGAAUGUCGUCGAACGAGGUCACGUGGAUUAUGUCAGCAUUGAUUCAAGGUGGCCCAAUUUCACGAAACCUUUCUAUUUCUACGAUGUCGAACGCGAAUCAUGGCAUGCAAAAGCAUUCUACCUUUCUACUGCUGAGACGGCCGUCAGCCGUCUGGAGCGAUCAAGGAAAUUUGGAUUGGAUGCAGAUUAA